AUAAUCUUACAAUGACAUUACUGUGUGUUGCAUUUUAAGUCCUUAAGUCAAUCUUGUGUGUUUGUACAUGUGUUAAAUGAGGGUGGUGUAUAAUCAAACAACAAAAAAGCUAUGGGGUUAGUAAAAACACUGAUCCUACAGUAUCUGAUGAAAUUUUACUGAAUAAGAAUGAAACCCCUGGUGGCUUGUAGUGGCCUGAUGUCAUGUGGGUGUUUGCUGUGGCAGAUUGUGAUAUCGGAAGCAGCGCAGGUACAUGUUGGAUGUUCCUGAGUAUGGAUGCUGACAUGCAGAAAGCAUGUCUGUCCAGGAGCUUGUGCUGAAACAACGGACAGAAAUACUGCAUGCACUGUGCAGCAGUGGGUCAGCUGAACUUCUGGAACGGAUUCUGGACAUACUGCUGGCCCAUGGGGAGCUCAUAUGGGAGGAGUACCAGGACAUACAGGUACCGGGUAGGGCACUGUAUACCAAAGCCAGACAGUUGCUCGACCUGGUUUAUACAAAAGGUGUGGAUACUUGUGGGCUCUUCCUUGCUGCUCUCAAUCAAGUCCUGCCUGAGGCACAGGGAGUUGGCCUCUCGUUUUCAGGAUGCUGUUCAAAUCUAGAAGAGAAAAAAAAAUACCAGGGCACAUCUACUCAGAUUCUUCUGACUCAAAGACCAAGCCUGGUCAGCCAGCUACAGGGAUGCAUUGAUGGUGCUCUAAAAGCCCUCGUCAUAUCAGGACACUUCAGCUCAGCAGACUGCGAUGAUGUGCGCCUACCUAUACACACGCCCUCCCAGCAGGCAAGGCGUUUUCUUGACCAUGUCAGAUCAAAAGGAGAACUAGCCGCGAAGGUUGUGUUGCAGUUCAUUCAGCAAAAACAGGAAUCCGGAUCACAGCUGAACGAGGACACAGUGACUCCUCCCAAAGAGUUAUUCAAGUAUCAGAAGAAGCUCAGCAGUUCUGUGUCUGCCCAGUCCUGCUUUCUCAGUACUUAUGGAGGGACCAGCCACAUGUCUCUGGAUGACAUCUACACUGAAGGCCAGCUGGAACUAUCUCAUGAGUGCGUUGAUGUCCAUGGACCUUUGGGCGUGGAGGACAUAGUUGGUACAGCGGGUACAAUGAAUAAGGAGGCCGAUACGGUGUUAGUGUCUGGAGAUGCAGGCAGUGGGAAGAGCACCUUACUCCAGAGACUGCACUUGCUUUGGGCUCGGGGGGCAGCCCUCCAGGACUUUCUCCUUAUAUUUCCAUUCAGCUGUCGCAGGUUGAACUCUGAGCACAGGGAACUGUCUGUCCAAGAAUUGCUGUUUCAGCACUGCUGCUGGCCAGACAGGGAGCAGGAAGAGAUUUUCCAGUUCAUCCUUGACCACCCACAUCUCAUUCUCUUCACUUUCGAUGGCCUGGAUGAGCUCAAGCAGAGCUUUUCAGAUGAACACAGGCUCUGCUGCCCCACCCAACGUGCACCUGUUCACAUACUAUUGUUUAACUUAAUCCAGGGCUCCCUAAUGAAGGGAGUGAGGAAAGUGGUAACUAGUCGCCCAGAGGCAGUGGGCCCUGUGUUGAAAAAACACCUUCGCAAAGAGGCCUUCUUGAAAGGCUUUUCCCCAAGUGGAAUUGACUAUUUUGUGAGGAAGCAUCACAGGGACCCUACUGUGGCUGCUAAGGUUUUGGAGUCCCUACAGACAAACACUGCUUUACUUGGCCUGUGUCAUAGUCCAGUCCUCUGCUGGAUUGUCUCACAGUGCUAUAAAGAGCUGCUAGGCUGUGGAGAGGGCAGCCCACAGACAAUCACAGACGUGUACCUGAUGAUCUUACAACACUUUUUCCAGCACCAAAGCUCUCAGAGCACCCUGGGGAUAGGUUGGCUUCAGGAGAACUUAGAAACAGUUUUGCAUCUAGGGCAGCUUGCCUUUGAGGGGAUUGCAACCAGCUGUUACAUCUUCACAGAUCGAGACCUGGAGACUUGUGGUGUAACUGAAAAGGAUAUCUGCAUGGGCUUUCUCAUACAAAGCAAAGAUAUGUCCUCCACCCACAGUCAACGCUAUGAAUUCCUUCACGUGACUCUGCAGUGCUUCUUUUCUGGUCUGUACAUUGUGUUGUCAAAUGACACUGACCGUUCGACUAUUCCUAAGCUCUUUGAGCCAAAGGGCAUGAGGGAGGCAGAUCUGAGAAGCACAUGCUUCAGUGCCUGCUUGCCGUCCACUUACCAACAAGAGCAGGUUUUAGAGGGGGAAUCUACAGCAGUUGAAACACUAAAUCUGCAAAUCACAGCCACCUUUGUGUCAGGACUACUAUCCCAGCGGCAUCAAAGCCUGUGGAUCCACUGCUGCCCCAGCGCUGUGAUUGAGAAGAGGGCCAAACAGGUGGUGAGAUGCCUGUCCAAAGGCAUGCAGAAACACUUCAAGUCUAUCCCUCAACCUGUAGAGGGGGAGAAGAAGAGCAUGCAUGCAAUGCCAGGCUUUGUCUGGCUUAUCAAAUGCAUCUACGAGAUGCAGGAGAGCAGGAUUGCUAAGGAUGCCAUGAGCAAGCUGGAGGUGGACCACUUGAAACUUACCUACUGUAAGAUUGGUCCUGUAGAGUGCACCGCGCUAGCCUAUGUGCUCCAGCAUUUAAAGAAUCCUGUAGGCCUCCAGCUGGACAACAAUUCUGUAGGCGAUGUUGGGGUGGAGCAGCUUCUUCCUUGCAUGCAUAUUUGUAAUUCACUGUACCUCAGGAAUAACAACAUUACAGAUGAGGGGAUCCGCAAACUGAUUGCUAAAGGUGUCCAGUGUGACAACUUCCAGAAAAUUGCACUCUUCAAUAACCAGCUAACGGAUGCUUGCACACAGCACUUUUCUCAUCUUCUGAAGACCAAGCAGGAUUUCCUUUCUAUAAGGCUAGGCAACAAUAAUAUAACAGCGGAAGGAGCAAAGCAGCUGGCAGAGGGACUGAAAUUCAAUCAUUCACUACAGUUUUUAGGGCUUUGGGGCAAUGAGAUAGGUGAUGCAGGGGCAGAGGCACUUGCCAGUGCCCUUGAGAGCAGCAAGUCUCUGGUGUGGCUUAGCCUGGUAGGCAAUGGUGUAGGCAGUGCAGGAGCGUGUGCCCUUGCCAACAUUAUAAAGAACAGCACAUCACUGGAAGAGCUUUGGUUGACAGAGAACUGCAUAACCAGAACAGGAGUGGAAUGUCUGAUUCAAGCUCUAAAACACAACACCCAUGUGAAAUCAAUAUGGUUGAGAAACAAUUACCUCAGUUUGGAGGAAGUAGAGGAGAUGGCACAACGUGAAUCAAGACUGGUCUUCUGAUUUUGUAUUAAGUAGGCUAAGAACUGUUUUAUUUAUUUCAGAACAUAUUUUUUAUAUUAAAACGUGAAAUGUGAAAUGUAAAAUGU